UCAGCGUUCCAUUCAUGGUCACCGUGAUAAAAACUUACCAAAAUAAGAGUCACAUAAAUUUUGAAGAAAAUGGCAACACUUAUUUAGAUACCAUAGACACUCAGCUAUCAGUUUGACGUUUGACGUUUUAAUAUGUGAUUCAUUCGCAAGAUGGUGGCCAAUUGAACGAGACGGUGUCGUUUCGUACUGGAUUUGUUAAGAGAUUCUUUAGUGAGGAGCGAUGGCGCCUAAAAAGUGUUACACUCCGCAUCAGAUGGGGCUUGCUAUGGAAGCAGUGAGGAGAGGUGAAAGCUGUUCAUCAGCAGCUAAGAAGUACGGUGUUCCACGCAUGACGUUAAGAAAUAAAGUGACAGGAAAAAGUCCUGCCACUUGUUCUAUGGGUCCAUCGACUAUUCUUUCUAGAGAUGAAGAAUCUUUAUUAGUACAAUGGCUCUUGGCUAUGGCCGAUAGACAUUGCCCUGUAGGGAAAGAACAAUUAAUUGAUUCUGUUCAACACAUCCUUAAAACUGAUAAAAGAGAAAAUCCAUUCACUAACGAUAGACCUGGUAGAAAGUGGUAUAAUUUAUUUUUAAAUAGACAUCCAGAAAUAUCGGAACGCCUCUCACAAAACCUUACCACUUCAAGAGAAAAUGUCAAUGAAAAACAAAUAAAUCAGUGGUUUUCGGAAGUUGAAAAGUAUUUACAGGACAAUCAGCUAUCAGAGAUUGUAAAGGAUCCAUCAAGAGUAUUCAAUGCAGAUGAGACAGCAUUUUUCCUCAAUCCGAAGCCAGGUCGCGUUUUGGUUAAAAAAGGAAACAAAAACAUAUACUCAACUUCGGGUAAUGAAAAAGAAAACCUUACCGUUCUUUUCACAACCAAUGCAGCGGGCGAUAUAGCACCACCUAUGGUGGUUUUCUCUUAUGACCGUAUUCCAAGAGACAUUGCAGAAAGCAUUCCUAGCAACUGGGGCAUAGGCCGAUCUGAAACGGGCUGGAUGUGCGCAAGUACAUUUUACGAAUAUAUAGCCAAUAUUUUUCACCCAUGGUUGCUAGAAAGCGGAAUCCCAUUACCAAUAAUUUUUUUUUUAGAUGGCCAUGCUUCACAUGUAACUAAGCAUUUAUCAGAUUUUUGUGCCCAACACGAUAUUGAAAUUGUCGUGUUAUAUCCCAACAGCACUCAUCUACUCCAGCCGAUGGAUGUGGCUAUAUUCAGACCUUUAAAAAGGUUUUGGAAACAAGAAACUACUAAAUGGAAAACGCAAAAUCUUGGACAACAAGUUAAAAAACAUAAUUUUGCGCCUAUUUUAAAGCACGCAAUAGAUCUAUUAACUGCUGACUCAAUCAAAAAUGGGUUUCGGGCUGGAGGGCUAUUUCCGUUUGGCCCUAAUCUGAUAGACUUCACAAAGUUAAACAUUAAUAAUCGCUCCGUAACGACUCGCCAAGACGAAGAAUCAAGAUUCCAACAGAAUAUAACAUUCCUAUUACAACUUGAACAGGAAAUUGUUAAAUUAUUCACUCAGUCAAAGUUGAACACUUUCAAUAAGUGUUUUUACCUAUCAGCGACCGAUUUGGAAACCGAAUUACCCAAAGAAGAUUUGACAAUGUACAUGAUCUGGGCCAAAUAUAAGCAUUUGUGCCAAGUUGUAGGCCAUGAAAGAAAUGUACCUCUAGAGGAAAGUCGUGAGAAUGUAAUGACGCAAGAUAAUAUUGAAGAGGAUGUCUCUAACAGAUUUCAAGCAGCUAUACGAAAUGUAGACCAAUCAGAGAUUCUUGCAGCUCAAACGACCCCGUCUAAGCAUGAAAAGACUAUAAAUGGAAACCAUACACCUAUAAAAAAAAAUCCGUCAACCUCUGCAACUUUUGUAAAUGCUCAAAAACCCCCAACUACUCAAGAAAAUACCAGAGAUGAAAACCACACUGCAGUUACAAACUUGCCGUCAACAUCUUUAAGUUUUGCUGAUACCAUGCUUAAAGACAAAGGUGUUGUAGUCCCGUCACCAUUUAAAAAAGCGCUUUUUUGGCCAGACUCGACAACACAAAAAAAACGCAGAAUAUCCAAAGAAAAAAAUCCCACUGUGAUUACUAGUAAAGCUUGGAGAGAAUUCCAUGAUAAAAAAGAAUCGGAAAAGAAAGCAAAAGAAGAGGCUAAGGAACAGAGAAAACAAAACCGUCUAGAAAAAAAGAAGCUCAAGGAAGAAAGCAAGAUUAUCACUAAUAAAAAUAAGACAAAAAAGAGAAUUCCAUGUAGGAGAAAACGUAGAUCUGCUUCUACUACCUCAUCUGAUACUGCUAUAGAUAGUGACGUAACCUACGUCGAAACUGGAGAAAGUGAUGUUGAAAUGCAGACUGACGAAGAUAUACCUCUGACAGAAUUAAAAAGUAAACCAAAUAAUGAAAAAAGAUCAGCUACCGUGAAAAUAAAAAAGGAGCAAAAAUAUUCGGAAAUUGUAAAUAAAGAUAUUGGAAAAAUACAUAAGAAAAUCCUUAACAAAGAUCAAGUGAACAUAAAAGACAGAAGCGCAAUAAAGGUUGGGAGAUCUGUAGCAGAUAUCAGUGAAGCAGAGAUGGACAUUCAAUCAAAGCCGGAUCUGAAAGAAAAAAUAAUAGUAGAAAAAGGCAAUUCACAAGGCUCAACUUCACAGCAAGUGAUCAACUUUCCGAAUGAAGAUGUUGAAUCAAGCAUUCCAGAAAAUAUUGAACUAAGACAUGAGUCUAAAGAUCUAGAUCCAGGUAAAAGAGCAAUAAGACAAUCACCUGUUUCUUUAGAAUCUCCUGUUUCUAAAGUUAUUGUAGAAGAGUUGCCGCAAAUUGAGUCGAUUGCCCAUUUUGAACCAAAACAACAACAUUCUUUAGUAUCUCCAAACAAGUUACUUCAAGAUCGUUUGACUAUUGAUGAUUAUGUUCUUGUUACAUGGAAUGAACGUUUGUAUCCUGGACAGAUUAUUUCCAUGUCUCAAGAAGGAGUUCUUGUUUCAUGCAUGAAAAAAAGUAAACUUUCUUGGCGCUGGCCUACUAUAAAAGAUAUCCAGCUGUACGAAUGGGACAGAGUUGUGUGCCAAAUAGCAGUUCCUACGUUUAUUAAGAAAGGAUAUUUCAAAAUUCCCGAAAUGGACGAAUAGAUUUUUUAUUACCUGUUUUAUAAUGUCUACGUAUAAGUCUUAUUAAUCUUAAAUAAUUGUGAUCUCCACGUAAGACUGAUGAAACUUGUUAUAAAUUUAAAAAAAUAAUUGCUUUCAUUGUUAUAUCAUGUUAGGAUUGUUAGGUUAAAAGACAAUUAUUAUAGCAUGCCAACUACUCUAAAAGAAUUUAGAUCUCACUCAUUAUAAGAAUAACUAGUUAUAAGAAUAAUUGUGAUCUCGUUAAACGUGUUAAAAUAAAUAUUAUUGUGUUCAAGAUUAUGCUUAACUAAUAAUUUAAGGAUAAUAAACAAGUUACAUUAUAUUAUAAUAUAUUAUCUCAAUUCUAUAAGAAGUGUGAUCUCAUUGUAACUAAUUGUGAUUUCAUUAAACUUGUUAAAUUUUGAGUUAUGCACAAAUAAUAAUAAUAAUGUUAGGGUAAUAAACAAUUAUUAGAGUUGAAUGUAUGUCAAUUGAUCUAAAACCAUUGUGAUCUCAUUGUUACCUAUACAGGAGUACUUAAAGUCGCCCUGUAUUCUUAAAAAAUAUUUUAUAAUAAAUAUAACUAUUAAAGUGUAA